AUGGAAAUCCACAGGCGAAAAAGCAGUUCCGGGGACAAAUUUUCAUUUCCAAUCAUCCCAAUUCAAGAUCAAGAUUUCGAGUUUGGUUGUGUCACACCAGGUUCACCAAAUUCUACAGCAGAUCGUUUGUUCUUCAAUGGCAUACUUUUACCUCAUGCUUUCCCAUGUCAGCCUACAAACAACGUCAUCAGUUUCUCAAGAUCAACUAGUAGAACCAGCAGCGUAUGCAGCAAAGAUUCAUUGAUGUCGUCGCGAAGCAACAGUACGAAUAGCAGCAGAAGUAGUAGCUGCAGCAGUGCAAGAACGAGCACAAGUGAGGCUGCAGGACCGUGUACAUCGGACAGCAAAUUAUUCAGCAAUAAUCAGACAAAAAUUGCUGGCAAAAACCCUGUUGAAAAAGACUUGUACCAAGCAACAAGGAAGCCUGUUUUGACUCCACAUUACGGCUCUUCUCAAAGGUGGCAAUUCAUUGCACCGGCGCCAGCUAUGAUGCAUCAAGUUUCACGAGCAAGGAAGGCUAAAAUUUCUGUAAGAGAUCAAGUAUGCAAGUCAAAGAAGCAAGGCCAGGAUUGGACAAUUGCUAGAAGAACGUGGUUUGGCCUGAAAUUCUUGAGGGCUGUUGCGUCCGCAUGCAAAGAAUGUCAUGCUGUGAAACCAUCUUCGCGGAAGUGUUUUGAAAAGAAAUAA